AGAGAAUCACCGCAGUUGAGAGAGUGAUAGGGGAGUGGGGAGAGGGGCUGUGACAGUGACCUUGAGGAGCGGGAGGGCGUGGGCCAGGGAGCAGGGAGGCUGCGGGGUAACGGCAGGGACAGAGAGGCCGGAGACCAGCAGAGAGGGCGGGAGCCCCGCACGAGGGAGGAGCUUGGUGACGCCUAGAGCCGGGCGGGGCGAGAAGAAGUCAGGCCAGGUCUGCGGGUCUCGAGCGUCUGCGCGUCUACGUGAAGCCGGUGGAGCAGCCGCUGCCUCUGGUCGCUUUCCCCGAGCCAGGUUCAGCCCAGGCUGGUCUCAGGCUUGCUAUAUAGCUAAAGAUGACUUUGGACUUCUGAUUGUCCUGCCUCCUCCUCCUCCUCCCAGUCGCUGGGUUAUAAGUCUGUGCCACUAUGCCUCGCUUAUUCAGUACUGGGGACCAAGCCCAGGCUUUAUGUAAGCUAGGCAAGCACUCUACCAACUGAGCCACAACUUCAGCUCUAGCCUCAAGAUCUUGGGAGGUUGGAGUCCUCAUGUUUCUUUUCCGUGUGAGAUUCCCAGGUAUUCAGAGAGUAACUCCUCAGGUCAUGAACUUGGUACAUCAGAAUGUGGACCCAGUCUCUGACAUCAGGGCCUCAGAGUCCAUCUCACCUGCUGAUGUUCAUUCCAGGAUCUUGUGCUGAAAGACAUUUCCAAAGUGCCUUGUGUCAGCCUCCAACUCUGACCUACACAGCCUGGAAAGGAGUCACUGUUAGCCUGUGGAGGGGUGACCUGAACAAGUUCAGUGUCUCCUUUGAUGCUAGGACCUACGGUGAACUUGAUCUCCAUGGCCCACCGGCUGCAGAUACGUCUACUGACAUGGGAUAUGAAGGAUACCUUGAUCAAGCUCCGCCGUCCUGUUGGGGAGGAAUAUGCCAGCAAGGCCCGGGCCCAUGGGCUGGUGGUGGAAGCCACAGCCCUGGAACAAGCCUUCCGGCAGGCAUACACGACCCAGAGCCACAGAUUUCCCAACUAUGGCCAGAGCAGUGGCCUUAGCUCCCGUCAAUGGUGGAUGGACAUGGUCCUACAUACCUUCCACCUAGCAGGGGUCCCAGAUGCCCAGGCCAUUACUCCCAUUGCUGAUCGCCUAUACGAAGACUUCAGCAGCCCCUCCACUUGGCAGGUAUUGGAGGGGGCUGAGACUACCCUGAAGGGGUGCCGUAAGCGUGGUCUGAGGCUGGCCGCGAUCUCCAAUUUUGACCGGCGACUAGAGGAUAUCCUAGUAGGCCUUGGCCUGCGAGACCAUUUUGAAUUUGUUUUGACCUCUGAGGCUGUGGGCUGUUCUAAACCAGACUCACGAAUUUUCCACGAGGCCUUGCAACUCGCUUGUGUAGAACCUGCGGUAGCAGCUCAUGUUGGGGAUAGCUACCGCUGUGAUUACCAGGGGGCUCGGGCUGUGGGCAUGCACAGCUUCCUGGUGGAAGGCCCAGAGCCUUUGGACCCCUCAGUCAGAAGUUCUAUACCUAAAGAACAUAUUCUGCCCUCCCUGUCCCAUCUCCUGCCUGCCCUUGAUCUUCUGGAGGCCUCAAACCCUAUGUCAUGAGUCUGAUGGCGGAAGUAGUUGGGACCAAAUAAACACUGGAAGCAGGGAGUCCCUUCUUUCUCCCCUCUGCUGUAGAGGGAGAUGCCUUGGCCCUCCCUGCCUCUGCAGCCUCCAUAAACUAUCCUGGUCAUGGAACAGCAA